AGUAAGCCAAUCAGUGAGAUUUCCUUGCUACUAAAUAUUCUAUGGUCAACUGUUAGUGGUAUUAUAACAAAGUGGAAGCAACUGGGAACAACAGAAACUCAGCCACAAAGUGGUAGGCCAUGUAAAAUGACAGAGCAGGGUCAGCGCAUGCUGAAGCGCACAGUGCAUAGAAGUCGCCAACUGUCUGCAGAGUCAAUAGCUAAAGACCUUAAAACUGCCUGUGUGCUUCAGAAAGCUUCAUGAAAUGGGUUUCCCUGGCCAAGAAGCUGCAUCCAAGCCUUACAUUACCAAGUGCAAUGCAAGUGUUGGAUGCAGUCGUGUAAAGCAUGCCAACCCUGGACUCUAG